AAUAGUAAACAUUAAAAAUGUUUUGGGGCACAACUCCAGCACUCGACAUUUUGGAAGAAUACGAAUUAUUAAAACACAAUAUCCCAGAAACAAUAAAUAUUCUUAUUGUUGGCGGAGCUGAUUGUAGACAUGUGCUAAAAACAGAAGCUUGUAAGUACAAACACAAAAAUGUCAAAAUAAACUUUAUUUUGGUGGAAGCAUGUUUAGAAGUAAUUGCAAGACAGAUGUUAUUAUUAAAUAUAGCUCUACAACCACAGCAAACCGUUGGGUUAUCUCAGAAAACUAAAAUAUUUAUGGAAAUAUAUGGGAAUACUUUGAUUAGACCUUCUGUAGCUAAGUUUUUGCAAACAACAGCAAUAGAUUUGUUAAAAAUGAUAACAAACUACAAUUAUUUAAAAACAAUGAUGGAUUUUCUUUCACUUAAUGUCAAAUAUAAGGAGAGGGACUACUUAGAGACUUUACUAAAGUUCUGGAGCUCUAAAGACGAGUUCGACAUUUGCCUCUCUUGGGAUAGACGACUUAGAAGAACUUUAGGAGUUCGGUAUGACUCUAAAAUUGGAGCUUUUGAUUGGGAUUUGCAUAUGAGACUUCAUGAUGUUGGUGCAAGACAGAUCUGCAAUCAAGAAUAUAGAAAUUUUAGAGCCAGUGGUAUAUCGUUUUCUUGGUUGGAGUCAGAAGUCUCGAAGCCAAAUAGAUCGUUAGUCUGUGCAGUGGUGCCAAAUGGUGCAAAUUUUGUACAUCACGGAUAUUUAGGUGAUAUGCAAACUGGACCAUUCAUCAGCUUUGGUUUGACUUGCGAGGAUGAAACAUUUUUAAAAUCAGUCUACGGCCAAAACCAUUACAGAGCUACUGAUGUUACAGAGAGAAAUUUAAAGCAAAUUUUCUACGAAAUUGAACACAAAAAGGAAUAUAAUCACAAGAAAACUAACGAUUCACUUAUGGGUAAUGUAGUCAUGAAGGAAGAGAAUCUGGUGAUCGAUAAUACGGGAUUAGACUUUAUUCCAAGACCGACGAAGACACAUUUAAAACUUGAAGACAAGAUAACCUUAACAUCCGCUUCUAUGUUGCAUCAGUUUAAACAUAAACAAGAAUAUCAAAAUUUUUUUGACGUUAUUUAUUUUGGAAGUACCUACCUGAAAUUAUUCGAUGGGGAACUCAUUAAUAAUGUUGCCAAAAAGGGAGCGUUUAUGCUUAUUGAAAAUCAGCUGUAUGUUCCAAGUUGCCGAAAAGCGGAACUCGAAAGUUUUUCAAAAUCAAUUGAAGAAACUCUUACAGGGGUUAAAAUUGAAUCAGUUAUAUUUAACUACGAAAAAGACGAUUAUGCUAAGAUUAUACUGAAAUAA